CAAAUGAAGUGAAGUCAGCGAAAAAUGACACGUGCUAAGUCAGCCAGAGAAGUAACUCCUAUGGAAGAGAGCCAAGAGAGCUCGACCCUAUCCAAACUCUCUGACGCAGAUGUAGAUGACAGCAGCAGAGGGUCCACGUCAUCAAGUCUAAAAAGAGGAAGUAGCUUUGAGAGAGAAGUGCAGUCUGGGAAAAAGAGGCGGGUCAGCUUUGAAGGUGUUAUUUUGCCUCAGAUAAAGCGAUAUGGAAUACUAGAGGGAUCGGUACCGCUGGUUUCUCCAUCCAAACGGCAGUUAGAACGGUUAGCCAGUGCUCUUUCCGAAUCUGAAGCCAAAAGGAGACUUGAGAUGGAUAUGGGCCAGAAGCAGAUCCCAAACAACAUCCUCCACUGCGGUGUGUGCAGGAAAAUUUUCCUUUCCACCUUUGGGCUUCUGACCCACUUGGAGUCGCACCCAAAUUAUGCAAUUCGUUGCAAAACAUGCAACCUGGUCUUCAUGAACCCGAGGGGCCUUACCAUGCACAAACGCAUGGUCCACAACAAGAGUAAAAUGGGGUUGGAGGAAUUUGGAGCCCAUGGUAUCAAACCUGCUGACAUCCCUGUUGGGUUCUUUGAUUUGUCCUUCGCAGAGUUUUCUACGCAAAAGUUUCCGUUGGUUGCUAAAGCAUGGUGUGAGGAGCACCAGAGGGUCUCCAGUAGCGCAUUUCAUAACUUCACGUGCAAUGUCUGUCAGAAGUCGUUCCCGUGUGCGAGUUCAUUUGAGCUUCACAACCAGACGCACACGGAGAUUACGAGGUCAAAGUGCACCCAGUGUGGCACGGAUGUGGAGACUCAUGUUGCGUUGUUGAUACAUGAGCUGAAGCAUAAAGAUGUCACUUGUGUGAAUACUGCAGGUGCGAUCGCAGAUAACAAUAGUGCAAAUGCUGAAAAAAAUAGUGCAAACAAUCCUGUGAACACAGACAAUGGCCCCUACAUAGACAUUGAAGAUGGAACAAGUUUGAAUGCUGAUGAUGUCCAUCUAGAUACAACUAGGGAAGAUAUAGGCACUGUUAUUAGAAAUGUGAAUAUAGAUUCCAAAAAUGUGCCCUUUGAAACAGGUGCUGAAAAUUCAAUCCCUGGAAGUGACAGGAAUGAUGGUGACAGUUCAGUUACCGAGAGUCAAAUGUUUGAUACUACCACGGAGGCAGGAGAUGUGGCCUCUGAUGGGGAAGGUAUGAAUAAGGAUAUUCAAUCUGAAAACUUGAAAACAUCCACCACAGAUAGCGAAAGUGUAGAAGCACUAGAGGAUGGUGAUACACAAGAAUCUUUGAUAAUAUCACAGAGUAGAGAAAACACUGUUGAAAGAAGCAGUGAUAGCAAUGAUGAUCAGACAUCCAGGGAUAAUAAUGAAAAUAAAGGUUUUCCAAAAGUCCGGGAUAAGAUGUCACUUGACAUUACAGUGUGUGAAAACGAGGAUGACACCCAGAAAUUGAAUAUAACAAAUUCUGAUAAUUCCAAAAAAGAACAGGAAGCAGUACCACUGGAAAAUGAAAAUGAUAACAAAUCGGUGAGUUCCAGCCUGGACUUGUCAGGCCAUGGACAGGAUCCUAGCUCUGGUGAGGACAUGGACAGAAAUGAAAAUUCUGAUUCGUUUUCAGCACAGCAAGAAGAUACUUCGACUGAAAAUGCAUACAAGGAGUGCUUUAUGGCAACUCUUGAACUGAACUCCUCCUCUCUUGAGUACGACAGAGUAGAGGUGGACAAAAUGACAUACCACACCAGACGUCCUGAUUUUGGAAUCAGCUGCUACUACCAGUUACUGGACACUUUGGACAUGGCAGACAUUAAAGCCAUGGAAGUUGAGCUUUCGGGGCUUCCAAGGGACCACUCAAGGGGUAAUGGAAAAGUGGAUAUUGUGGAUACAAGUGAGGAAUCCCAGGAUUCUUACGAUUUUGCCGAGGUCCAGGAUGUGAUCCGAACAGCUGUGACUGCCACAGCAGGGUUGCCUCGACUGUCACCAAGUCCAGCCCCCCUGGAUCCCCCCAGGUCGCCCCCUCCAGAGAUGCCCACCCUGCGCCCCAUGUCUCCUGUACCCCCUCCACGAUUAACCCCAGCGCCCCCUCAGCUGAACCCUGUCCCCGAGGAUGAGCUGGACACACCAGCCCCUUUAGACUCCCUGAUCCCUCCUACCCUGGCAGACUCCUCUGCUCCUAAUUCUCCGCCCACCUCUCCUUCCCCUCCCUCAGUGUCAACAUCCCCAUUUCCACCAAAUGUACCAUCCCCCUCAGACUCCUCAUCCACUGCCCCGCCCAUUGUCCCACCCAUAUCCCCGCCCACUGCCACACCCACUCCUCCCAGCCCCCCUAUGAAUACUGAUGCCAUUGUGAUGCCUGUGCUAGUGAGGCUCAACAACCCAUUCCUUGGAGGUCAGUUGGUCAGAAUGAGGUUACCCUGUGGUCAGUGCUCGGCCGUAAUGGACAGUCCCAAGGAACUAGAAUAUCAUGUAACCAAAAGCCACGAGGGUGCCACCCCAUACAAAUGUAAGAUCUGCAGUUACAGCAGCAUCGACAAGAGCACUUUGAUGCGCCAUCUACGAAGUCACAGUGGCGAGAGGCCAUACCAGUGCCUGAUCUGUGAGCUAGCCUUUACCACAAAAGCUAACUGUGAAAGACACAUCAGAAACAAGCACAGAAUAGAAUCUAAGAGAGAUGUGGAGCAUAAGAUUGGUUACAACCAGGAGAUGGCGCAGAAGGCGGCCAUGUCUGACGCCUUCCAUUCCCCUGACACCAUCUGCAAAACCUGCGGCGUUGACUUCAAAUUCUUCCGUGAUCUCAAUAAUCACCUGCGCACCAGCAGCUGUGCUCAGAAACCGUUUUUAUGCAGCCUCUGUAACUCGGGCUUUUCAAACAAAGCCAACUGCCUCCGCCAUUUACAGAAUGUACAUGUGGAUCUUCGUGGUGAGAUUGAUUUUGACAAGUAUGUCAUUUGUACUGGGGUUAUGGCCAAAAAAUCAAUGGAGGAGGCGGGGAAAGAUAAGCUGAGCCCCAAAGGUGGAAAUCUUCCCCCACCACCUCCGUUAAAGCCCAUGCCAGGGCUGAUGCCAACCUUGAGCUCGUUUCCACAGCUUUGGAUGUAUUCCCCAUUCGACCAGUCUGCUACUUCAAACUGGAUGCUGGCUCCAUCUGGUGGCAGUAAUGCAGACACUGAGCAAGGAGGGGAUGGAGAGGGUGAUGGAGCACAACUUCAGGACAGGUAUUCCACAAGCUUGGAAAAUAGUCAGGUCUUCCCCAGCGAGCAGGCUGGGGACAACACGUGUGGUGGCGAUCAGGAAAAAAAUAAUCAGGAACUGGUCUCAUCAUGGAAACAGAGGGAUGAAGACAUAAUACAGGGAGGAAGGUGUUAUGGUGAAAAUCUUCAGGACGUUUCAUUAUCAGAUAGCUCUUCAGGGUAUGUUAAUGUUAAAAGCAACCUGGGCACAGUAUGGUCUGCUCAUAAAAAUACUGACCAAUCAAUGACAAGAAAAAGAAGUCGCAAGGCGGUGAUGCCGAGGAAAAGGCCGUUUGUUGCGAAAACUGUGCAGAAGGAGCCAGAAUCAGAGAGUGAGUCUGAAAAUGAUAUCGAGUUGACCAUUUAUUCAGAAGAGGAAGGUUCUUCAUGGGAGAGACCUGAAAAAAUACCUAGAAUGUGCAUGGACGUGGAAGACAAAGAGACCACUAACUCCAAGGAAGGCAGUGCAACUGAGAUUACUCAGAGCAGUGUAGAGAAUAUCAAAGAUGAGCCCAAUUCAGAGUGUGUUAUAGCACCAUCUAGUAGCAGUCCUAAGCAUGAUGCAGCAGCUACAAAUCUAAAAGCAUCCCCACAGAAAUCAAAGGACAGCUCCAAGCCUUACACUUGUUCUUACUGUAACCGUGUCUUUCCUUGGACCAGCUCUUUGCAAAGGCAUCUCUACUCUCAUACUGGACAAAAGCCUUUUGCCUGCCCAAAGUGUGACAUGUCAUUUUCCACCAAAUCCAAUCGUGAGCGCCAUCUAUUGAGAAAACAUGGCAUGAACAGCUCAGAUCCUGCUGUGAGACAGAACUAUGACCGUCCAUAUAAAUGUCACCUCUGUGUGUUCAGUACUUUCUCUACAGUUGAUAAAAUGAAGAAGCACUUCAAAGAGAAACACCCUGAUUCCCACCUUCCAGACUCAACAAAUGUUCAUCAGCUAGGUGCUUUUAGCAAGCAGGACAACAAAGCUGAGAAUGAGGACCGUAAGGAGAUGGAGGGGGACAUACUUCCUGUGGAACAAGUUGAAAAUUUCCACCAGUCUGAACUGAGCUUAUGUAGUGACUUAAGGCAAACCAGCCAAUCAGGUGAUUCCACUCUUGGGAGUUUGGAGGACCAGGCCUUCAUGUGCAGUAAAUGCCCAAAUGUCUUUGAAUCAAGAGUACUUCUUGCCAAGCACAUUAGAGAGAAACACACUGAUCAUCCGUUCCGUUGUUAUCUUCAUCAAUGCGACCUUUCAUAUGAAUCAAGGCAAGAGUGCUUAGAGCAUAUACACAGUUCACAUCCAAACGAGUGGGAAAGUUUAUCUAAACGCAAUAAACUUCAUGAUAUUGGAGACUUUGUGGGCCAGCUUGAAGGUGCAGAAGCCUCAGCAGUGCCCUCUGUUGAGAAAGAAAGGAACAGUGGUGUGAGGGGGGAAGGUGGCGGCAGUGAUGAGCUAGCACGGAAGGUCAGCUGUUCUCUGUGUUUGAAGAAAUUUUGGUCAAUACAGGAUUUGAGGAGGCACAUGCGCUCGCACACAGGUGAGAAACCUUUUGCAUGCAAUUACUGUGGCAGACGGUUUUCUCUAAAGCACUCCAUGAUGAGACACAGGAAAACCCAUCAAAUUGAAGAGGAUCAAAAUGAAGAACAGGGAGGCCAAGCUGCAGAGACUGCUGACCAGCCAUGUUCCUAUGCAGAAAACCAAUCAGAUUGUUCCGAUAGCGGUGGGGACGAGAGCAUGGAUGAUAAUUCUGUACUUCUACAGAAUCUCCUUGGAGUGGAGCAGACGGCCAUAGAGCAAUUGCUAACAUCUGCAGAUGAUGCAGCAAAAAUGCUGGGGGUCAACAAUGGCAAGAAUUAAUAUAAAAAAACAGCCAUUUAGAAAAUCAUUAGUGCCAUUUGAUAGAAAAAUAGUUUGUUUUACUUCUGAUGAAAACUUAGCAUGUCAGCGUCUGAUGAUGAUGCGGGGGAAAUAUUGAAGUUGAAGCUAGUAUUGGACAGUUUUCCAUGAUCUCCAAGUAUUUAAGUUAAUAUGCAUGUUUAUUUGUAUUUCAACGUUGACCAAACAUGCUAACAGUGCUGGCCAUUUCAAAAUACGUCUUGGCAAAAGAGUCAAGUUUUAGAUUCACACAGAUGUGGGACAUGUCUUUUACACUUUCAAGAACCAUGCUUGUAGUAAUGAAAAUCCCUUGUAUCCAAAGGAAUAUAAGGUCGAAUAAUUCAUUUAAGAAAUUGGGGGAAAAAGAAAAAUUAAAGAUCGAAAUUUACAAAAAAAGGCAUAUUUAAAAUGCUUACAUAUAAUUCUAAAAGGAAAGUGAUGGUAAAUUAGUUUUUUUUUUUUUUCAUAAUUUACACUAGAUCAUUAGAUCUGUCAUUUUGGCUUUGUUCUUUUUAUUGCACGAAAUAAGAGAAAUGUUUGAAAAAUGGUUUGAAGGUACUGUGUAGAGUUAUUUAUAUUGUUUUUGUGGUUCUUUCAGAAAUGCUCAAUACAUAAAUGUCACAGUUUUUCAUAUUAUAAACCCAGGUUUGAUCAAGUAAAAAUGUUAACAAGUUCACAAGUUGUCUGCUGCUAACUAUGGCGCAAGCAGUACAGCUGUUUCGAUUUUCUCUGACAAAUCAUUUCAUUUGCUUUUCAAGUAAAGUGUUAAGAUUUAUAUUUUGCUCUUCAUUAGGAGGUAAAAGUAUCAGAUACUGAUGAUGCCAGUGCUGAUAUUAAGUAAUAGUAAUUGUUUCAUCAUUUAAGAGGUAAAAGUGUGCAAUUUUAUACUCAUCUCUGUAGCACAGGUGAUUCUUUGUACAUUAAUAAUUACCACUGGAUUCUUUUGUAGCUUAGUAUUAUGCUAAACUUAGGUAGUUUCUUUGCCAUUUCUUUGCAAAAAAAAAACAUGCUUUAUUCAAUAAAAAAAAAGUACCUCAAAUUGACAUGACCUGUUAUGUGUGAAGUACAUGGGCAAAAUUAUAGUUACUUGUUUUUUGCCAGGGAAAAUAUAUUUUUUUUUAUGUAGAAUAAUGCUUACUACACAAAGUACACUUUGCACUUUGGUAUUCAGCUGUUUGACAAGUUGCCUCAGUGCUUUUUGCCGAAGUUUACUGGAUAUAUGUAAAUGAUUGGCCUUUGGCUGAUACAAAAAGUAGAUAAGACACUACGCAACAGCUUCUUCCUUCCAGCUAGCAUGAACUAAUUCAAAAUCUGUUAAGGUUUAGUUACAAUGAGUUACUGUUUAAGAACUUGUCCUGAAAUAUUCAUUUCAAAUAGAUUAUUGAACUAUUAAAAAUCAAUGAUAAUUUGUAAAUGAAAAAUCAGCUGUAUUAUAUAAGUAUUGCGCUUUUGAUUUAACGAAAAAUGUUCUUUGAUAUUUUGUCAAGUUUUGUUCCACACUAGUUGUUCAUAUAGUAUAGUAAACAGUACAAGGGCCUUAUCAAAUAACAAGAUAUUAUGCCAUCCUACUGCUCAAUUAAUGGGGGAUUGGUCCAGUUCGGUACUGUUUAUUAUAGCCCACACAAAGUUAGCCAUGAUAGCUAAGGGAAGACUUAUUCCCAUAUUAAUAUACUACAUACAUAUUUUGUAAAAUUAAUUUACAUGUAACAUGUGCAUGAGUUAGUGAUUGACCUCCAAGAACUGGAUAUAUUAGAAGACAGUUAUUUGCAUGGCCGUUUACUCUUUCAACUACCAUUUUCUUUGAUAUUGGUCACCACAUGACUCACGCAGUAAUAGUCUAGAAAGUCGAACAGCAGGACAACAGGUUUGUAGUCUAACAUGGAAUAAAGUUUGUCUUUGUAAAUGGA